AUGGAGGUCGGCACCAGAAAGCACGACGCCCGCGACCCAUGCCCCUUCGAGGUCCACGCGAUGCAGCAAGUCGGCGUACGCGAGGACGACCCCCUCGACGAGGUCUUUGCGGCCUCGUCUUUCUCGCCGUCGGCGCUUCGGGCCAGCGGCGUGCCGGACGCCGACGUCCUUCCUUCCGGGUUCGAGGAGCGCACGCGCGACCGUGGCCUCGUGGUGACCGGGUGGGUUCCGCAGAUCAGCGUGCUGGCGCACGGCGCCGUGGCCGCGUUCCUGACGCACUGUGGUUGGAACUCGACCAUCGAGGGGCUCCUGUUCGGCCACCCUCUCAUCAUGCUGCCCAUCUUCGGCGAUCAAGGACCCAACGCGCGUCUGAUGGAGGCAAGAAAGGUCGGAGUGCAGGUGCCAAGAAACGAAAACGAUGGUUCGUUCAAUCGAGACGGCGUCGCGGCCGCAGUUCAGGCCGUCGCGGUGGAGGACGAAAGCAGGAGGAUCUUCGUGGGCAACGCCAAGAAGAUGCAGGAGAUAGUGGCCGAUAGCGAAUGCCAUGAGAGAUGCAUCGAUGAUUUUAUUCAGAAGCUUAGAUCUUACCAAGAGUGA